AUGGAAUUUCUUACACGUGCUGUCGAGUCCUUCACGGGAAACUCGAUUCCUUACUUUUUAAAAGAGAAACUCGUGCUUGAUAUAGCAAGCGGAGCUGGAAACUCGCAUUCAUUGUGGAACAUAUACGCGGGAGUGUCCACGAAGGAUGAUUCACUGGUGACGGUGUUCGAGUUCGACUUGAAAAAUCCACAGAUGACUAGAUACAUAUCGCUGGCUCAACAUGCCUAUCGAAAGUCACGAAGCUUGUCAUUGUUGCCUGGGGUGCUCACUGUUGUGGAUUCCAUUCAAAAUGAUCAGCACCUAUAUAUAGUUACAGAGAGAGUGAGGCCUCUAAUGAAAAUGAUUAGUACGAGCUACCCACUCGAUCCUUAUCCUGAGGAUUUGGCUCUUCUCGGAAUCUAUCAGAUUGCUUCUGCUAUAAAGUUCAUCAAUGUCGAGGGUUCCUCCGUUCACUGUAACGUGUGCGAGGACUCAGUAUUCGUGACUAUGGCAGGUGAAUGGAAGCUCGGUGGGUUCGAAAUCUUGGUUAAUAUGAAAGAACGCAAUGAUUUCACCAUUCUUUCCUCGGCAUAUCAGCUUCCAACGUUCCAGGAGACAUUAACUCCUCCAGAGUUUGCAAACGCUGGCGCUCAAUACUUCAACACGGCUAAAGCAAAUUUUGCUGUCAAGUUCGAUUCCUUCAAAUUUGGUGUAUUUGCAUGGCGAUUGCUCAAAAACGACAACUCUGACAAUUCUAUCUCUGUUCAGGAUAUUCUUUCUGACACGAGCUGUAUUCCAGCCAGUAUGGCUCCUCAUUUGAAGAAAUGCUUACAAUCAUCAGUCUCAGUUCGCUACAGUAUUCAGCAGUUUUUGAAGUUCGGAGAAACGUCUUUUUUUGAUACCCCUCUCAUCAAUCUCUGGAGGAGUUUGAGUGAACUUGCUUUGAAAGAUAACGAUGAGAAGAUGGAAAUUUUUCAGUCUUUUGAUGAGAUUGAUUCAUUACCCAUCGGUAUGUUUGAAUAUCGAAUCCUACCUGAUCUUAUCAACAGUUUCAACAAUCUCGAAUCUAAUGAAAAUAACGCCCAGUCAAUUCUGUUGUAUGUUAUUCUAAAGAAUAGUUUACACCUUACUCAGGCCUCCUUUGACAGAUUGUUGAAACCCGUAAUUUUUAAGGCGUUCUCAUAUCCGGACAGGGCCAUUAGGAUGACUCUUCUCAACGCCCUACCGCAAAUAGUAAACCAAUUUAGCAAUUAUGAGAUCCAAGGCCAGAUAUAUCCGAACUUGGUUCAAGGUUUCAAUGAUACCAACGCUGCCAUCAGACAGGAGACUAUCAAAUCGGUUAUCUUCAUAGUCUCGAAGAUAUCUGAUAGACAGCUAAACAAUGAUUUGUUGAGGUAUUUAGCGCGUUUACAAAGUGACGAGGACUCUGAAAUCAGAACUAAUGUAGUGGUAUGCCUCAUCAAAGUUGCUGAGCACAUGAACUCAAACUCACGAAUUGCUGUUCUCACCACUGCAUUUGGUAAGGCACUCAAGGACACUUUUAUUCCUACGAGAUUAAAUGCACUUGUGGCAUUUCUUCGGAAAGAGGCCGAACAGACGAUGGAAUUGUACCUUACAAAGAUCCGCACGGAGGCAUCAGAGCUGCCUGACGAAGACGAAGAAACGUUGAAGAAAGAACAGGAACAGUGCGAUAGUUUCGCUAAUGGAUUCAACUCUUUAUCCCUUAACAAAGUGGCUCUUAAUUCUAAGAAGACGCUCUUUGGAUUUGGAAAUACUGGAUCUUCUGCCAGUCUUACUAUGGCACCAGCCGAAACCAAAUCCAGAGGCUCUACUCCUGCUAGUAGGGACGAGAUAGUCGACGAGUUAGAAUUUGAUGACGAUGGUUGGGACUUAGAUGAAGAUCUUGACGAGCCAGCCCCAACGGUAACAUCCACCGCUCCACCUUUACAAAAAAAUAGUAGUCGGUCAAGAGUCGCCCCUUCUAAACACAAGGGUUUAAAGCUACAGGCAAAAAGCAAGCUCAACCUGGAGCUUGAGAUGGAUGAUGAAGGCUGGGGAGAUGAAUGCGCUUGA